AAUAAUAAUAUAUUUAAUAAUAAAUACCAAUUAACAUUACGAAAUAUUUAUCAGUGCAUUCGAAAUAAAAAUAGUGGCAGAACAGUAGAGCUUGCCACAGAAAACAGCGAAAACGGGGCUGAUAAACGAAAUAAGCAAAGAGGGGAGGCACUUGCAAAGGCACACAAAAGCACACAAAGCAAAACCAAAAACGUCACGGGGAAAAGAAAGAGCGAGAGCGAGUGCGAGUGCGAGUGCUUGCGGUGCAAAGCAAAGCAAAGUAAAACCAAAGCAGCAACGCCAACAGAGGCUUAAAAUAAAAGCAGCACAGGAGCUGAAGCAGAAGCAGAGACCGAAGCGCGCUCUAUUUUAUUCAACUUGGCGUAGUUAUGGCCUAUUCCACCAAUAUUCUUUUGGCGAUCGUGACGAUUCUAACGGCAAUAUUCAUCUGGUCUCGUCGCACCUACGUCUAUUGGCAGCGACGUCGCGUGAAAUUUGUGCAGCCGACGCACAUUUUGGGCAACUUGACGCGCGUCCUGCGUCUGGAGGAGUCAUUUGCGCUGCAGCUGCGACGCUUCUACUUCGAUGAACGAUUCCGCAACGAGCCGGUGGUGGGGAUCUACCUGUUCCACCAGCCGGCCCUGCUCAUCCGUGACCUCAACCUGGCCCGUACGGUGCUCAUCGAGGACUUUGUUAGCUUCUCGAAUCGAUUCGCCAAAUGUGAUGCCAGGAGCGACAAAAUGGGCGCCCUCAACCUCUUCCUCGCCAAGCAGCCGGAGUGGCGCGAGAUACGCACGCGACUCGAUCCCGCUUUUGCGGGCGCCAAGCUCAAGCAGAUGUUCUCUCUGAUGGAAGAGAUCGGUUGUGACUUGGAAUGGUAUCUGAAGCGAUUGACGCGAGAUCUGCGACGUGGCGAUGCGGAACGAGGAGCCAUCGUCAGCAUCAAGGAUGUGUGCGAUCUGUAUAAUACGGAUAUGAUAGCCAGUAUAGCUUUUGGGCUGAGAUCGUAUAGCUUGAGGAAUACGCAGUCGGAAAUUGGAUCGCAUUGUCAGGAUCUGUUUAGACCGAAUGUUUGGCGAAUAAUCGAUUUGUUUGUGAUCUUCUACCUGCCAAAAUUUGUACCGCUAUUGCGGCCAAAACUUUUCACAGAGCCGCACUCGGAAUUCCUGCGUCGUGUCAUCCAGCUGGUGAUCGAGGAGCGGGAGAGGGGCGGCGAUCUGCGCAACGAUCUCAUCGAACUGCUAUUAACCCUCAAGAAGGAGGCGGACCUGCAGCAGGAUAAGUCGCAUUUCACGCAUCAUCGCGACUUCCUAGCCGCCCAGGCGGCAUCCUUUGAAGUGGCCGGCAUCGAGACCUGCUCCUCCAGCAUGUCCUUCGCCCUUUACGAACUGGCCAAACAGCCACUGAUGCAAUCCCGCCUUCGUCGGGAGAUAAGCACGGCAUUUGGUGAAUCGCCAGGCGGAAAGCUUACCUACGAGGCCAUAUCGGGAAUGGAGUUUCUGGACAUGGUGGUGAAGGAGACACUGAGGAAGUAUCCCAUCGUGCCACUGCUGGAGCGCGAGUGUACGCCGAUCAACAAGAAGCGCUUCUAUUCGUUGCGACCCCAUGCCGAGUGCUAUGCUCGGAGGGGCAUGCCUGCCUUUAUAUCGGUUCUAGCCAUUCAUCAUGAUCCCAAGUACUGGCCAGAUCCGGAGCGCUUCGAUCCGGAACGCUUCGCUCCCGAGUGUCGGUCGCAGCAUACACCCAUGUCGUACCUCCCAUUUGGGGCCGGACCGCACAACUGCAUUGGGAUGCACCUGGGCCUGCUCCAGAUCAAGCUCGGGCUCACCUACUUCCUGCACCAGCAUCGCGUCGAGCUGUGCGAGGAGACCUGCGAGCAGAUCCGCUUCGACGCCAAGUUCGCGCUGCUGGCCAGCGAGCAACGCAUUUACCUCAAGGUCGACUGUUUAUAGCCCCACAUGGCGGCAUCGCCUCGAAUGGGGCGGUCUAACAUUUGUACAUAUAUACGGAUAGCAGCAGCAGCAGCAUUAUUAUUAUGAAUACCGCCUCCGCCUCGUCAUCAAAAAUGUAAAUACUUCGUUUUUAACUUUUUUUUUUUUUUUAAUUGUGUAUAGUUCGGCCUGCCUCAAAUAAACUUUGCUAUGUUCAUUUUUUUUUACCUCAACA